CUUUGAAAGUAGUUAACUCAUGUGAUUAUAGUGAAUGAUUCCUACAGUUUUGAAACAUAGUAAGUUUAGUGAUGUUAAAAACAGCUACGCUAUUGUUACUUCGAAUAAUUCAGUGAUUCGAUUUAAAUCGACACUUAGUAAUCGCGCGCAUAUAAACGUUUUAUUUUUGUAUUUGGAAAAUGACUGCAGCGUCGAGCGCAAGCACCAAGAAACCUCCAGGUAUUGAGUUUGUAAUUGGGGCACUAGCAGCUGUUGGAGCUGGAUGUUUUACAAAUCCAAUUGAUGUAAUAAAAGUUCGUUUGCAAUUACAAGGAGAGCUAGAAGCACGACAUACAUAUAAAAAGAUAUAUAAAAACACUCUACAUGCGGGUUACUUAAUUGCAAAACAUGAGGGUAUACGUGCUUUACAAGCUGGUAUUAUACCUGCUUUGUAUUUUCAAGUGGUGCUCAAUGGAAUACGGUUAGGUAUUUAUAAUACAGCAAAAAAUUAUGAACUAAUUACUAAUAAUAAAGGAAAUACCGAUGUCCUAAAAACUGCAGUAUUGACUGGAACAUCUGGAUGUAUAGGUGCUGUCCUUGGCAGUCCAUUUUAUAUGGUAAAAACGCAAUUACAAGCACAAUCAGCGCAGUCUAUAGCCGUUGGUUAUCAGCAUAAUUAUUUGGGCACUUGGUAUGCAUUUAAAUCUUUGUGGAAAGAAGGUGGAAUAGUCGCUUUGUACCGCGGCUGGUAUGCCAAUAUACCACGCCUUUUCGUAGGAUCCGCAACACAAUUAACUACGUUUGGUUUAGCCGCGGAUUGGUUACGCUCAUUACAACUGUUUACAGAUCAGCCAAUAUUGCUAACAUUUUUGGCUUCCGUGAUCGGCGGAAGUUGUGUGGCAUUUACUAUGCAACCGUUCGAUGUUUUAGCAACAAGAUUGUACAAUCAACGAACAGACACAGGCGGGAAAGGCACACUGUAUAAUGGACUUUUUGACGCGCUUAUAAAAAUAUUAAGGACAGAAGGAUUGACUGGUUUGUACAAAGGAAUUUUUCCGACAUGGAUGAGAAUAGCACCGCAUACUGUGCUGUGUUUAGUCUUUUAUGAAAAAUUAGAUCACUUUUAUAGUAUACUUUGAAAUUAACAUUUAAUGAAACUUUUUAAAUAUGUAAGAAGAAUUUCAUAAUUUUUGAACUAUUAUGUAAAAUAUGAUACAAUAUAAAAGAAUAAAUUAAUUUCUUA